AGCCAUUGCUCCCUGCUAGCAGGACCCACCUCCGGCUGGCGCGAUGGCGGGAGCAUCUGUGAAGGUGGCAGUGCGCGUCCGGCCCUUCAACUCCCGGGAGAUGAGCCGGGAAUCUAAAUGCAUUAUCCAGAUGUCAGGAAGUACCACCACUAUCCUGAACCCGAAGCAGCCCAAAGAGACACCAAAAAGCUUCAGCUUUGACUAUUCCUACUGGUCCCAUACCACGCCUGCAGACAUCAACUAUGCAUCUCAGAAGCAAGUGUACCAGGACAUUGGCGAGGAGAUGUUGCAACAUGCCUUUGAAGGCUAUAACGUCUGCAUCUUUGCCUACGGGCAGACGGGUGCCGGAAAAUCCUACACCAUGAUGGGGAAGCAGGAAAAGGACCAGCAAGGCAUCAUCCCGCAGCUCUGCGAGGACCUCUUCUCCCGCAUCAAUGAGACGACGAAUGACAACAUGUCCUACUCCGUGGAGGUGAGCUACAUGGAGAUAUACUGCGAGCGUGUGAGGGACCUCCUGAAUCCCAAGAAUAAGGGUAACCUGCGGGUGAGGGAGCAUCCCCUUAUGGGUCCAUACGUGGAGGACCUUUCCAAGCUGGCCGUGACCUCCUACAAUGACAUCCAGGACCUCAUGGAUUCUGGCAACAAGGCCCGCACGGUGGCUGCCACCAACAUGAAUGAGACCAGCAGCCGCUCCCACGCCGUGUUCAACAUCAUCUUCACUCAGAAGCGGCAUGACGCUGAGACGGACAUCACCACUGAGAAGGUCAGCAAAAUCAGCUUGGUGGACCUGGCAGGGAGCGAGCGAGCUGACUCCACCGGUGCGAAAGGCACAAGACUAAAGGAAGGAGCAAACAUCAACAAGUCCUUGACAACUCUGGGGAAAGUCAUCUCUGCCCUAGCUGAAAUGGAUUCGGGGCCGAAUAAGAACAAAAAGAAGAAGAAGACAGAUUUCAUUCCCUACCGGGAUUCGGUGCUGACCUGGCUCCUGCGGGAGAACCUGGGGGGCAACUCCAGGACAGCCAUGGUCGCUGCUCUCAGUCCUGCUGACAUCAACUACGAUGAGACCCUCAGCACCCUCAGGUAUGCUGACCGUGCUAAGCAGAUCCGUUGCAAUGCUGUCAUCAAUGAGGACCCCAACAACAAGCUCAUCCGGGAGCUGAAGGACGAGGUGGCACGGCUGCGUGACCUUCUCUAUGCCCAGGGCCUUGGGGACAUCAUUGACACCCAUCCUGCUGCGGGAGGAUCCAAAUAUGUGUCCGACUUUGAGAACAAUAAUGAUGCUAGAGGGGCAGAGCUGAGUCACCGCCAUGACAAUCUCUCCACAGUGACCAACGCCAUCGCUGGGAUCAGCCCCUCUUCCUCCCUGUCAGCCUUGUCCAGCCGCGCUGCCUCCGUCGCCAGCCUCCACGAGCGCAUCAUGUUUGCUCCGGGCAGCGAAGAGGCAAUCGAAAGGCUGAAGGAAACAGAGAAGAUCAUCGCCGAGCUGAAUGAGACGUGGGAGGAGAAGCUGCGGAGGACAGAAGCAAUCCGCAUGGAAAGGGAAGCGUUGCUGGCUGAAAUGGGGGUGGCCAUGAGGGAGGAUGGAGGCACCUUGGGUGUUUUCUCUCCUAAAAAGACACCCCACUUGGUCAACCUGAACGAGGACCCGCUUAUGUCUGAGUGUCUUCUCUACUACAUCAAGGAUGGGAUAACAAGGGUUGGCCGAGAAGAUGCAGAGAAGAGGCAGGACAUCGUUCUCAGUGGGCACUUCAUUAAGGAAGAGCACUGCCUUUUCCGCAGUGACACCAAAACUGGCGGUGAAGUAAUAGUGACCCUAGAGCCCUGUGAAGGUGCCGACACCUACGUGAAUGGCAAAAAGGUGACGGAGCCCAGCAUCCUGCGCUCAGGAAAUCGCAUCAUUAUGGGCAAGAGCCACGUCUUCCGCUUCAACCACCCCGAGCAGGCUCGGCAGGAGCGGGAGCGGACUCCAUGUGCCGAGACCCCUGCUGAGCCCGUGGACUGGGCUUUCGCCCAAAGAGAGCUGCUGGAGAAGCAGGGCAUUGACAUGAAGCAGGAAAUGGAGCAACGGCUCCAGGAAUUGGAGGACCAGUACCGGCGGGAGCGGGAGGAGGCAAAUUACCUUCUAGAGCAGCAGAGGCUGGACUAUGAGAGCAAAUUGGAGGCUUUGCAGAAGCAGAUGGACUCUAGGUAUUACCCUGAGGCAAAUGAGGAAGAGGAAGAACCUGAGGAUGAAGUGCAGUGGACAGAGAGAGAGUUCGAGCUGGCCCUCUGGGCCUUUAGGAAGUGGAAAUGGUACCAGUUCACCUCCCUCCGUGACUUGCUCUGGGGCAAUGCCAUCUUCCUCAAGGAAGCCAAUGCCAUCAGCGUGGAGCUGAAGAAGAAGGUACAGUUCCAGUUCGUGCUCCUCACUGACACGCUGUACUCACCUCUCCCUCCUGACCUGCUGCCUCCUGAUGCCGCCAAAGACCGGGAGAAGCGGCCAUUCCCUCGGACCAUUGUGGCCGUAGAGGUGCAGGACCAGAAGAAUGGGGCAACGCAUUACUGGACCCUGGAGAAGCUGAGGCAACGCCUGGACCUCAUGCGUGAAAUGUACGACCGUGCAGCGGAAGUGCCUUCUAGUGUCAUUGAGGACUGCGACAACGUGGUGACUGGUGGAGAUCCUUUCUAUGACCGCUUCCCCUGGUUCAGGCUGGUCGGCAGUUCAGAUAUCUCUGGCUGCAACAGCUCUCCUCUUUUCAACACAUGCAUGAGCGAGCGCAUGGCUGAUCUCACCCCCUCCCCUACCUUCUCGAACCCCGACUCCGACAUCACCGAGCCUGCUGACGAGCAGCACCAGGGGCAGGAGGAGGAGGAGGAGGAGGAGGAGGAGGCGGAGGACCUGGAGGAAGACAUCUUUCCGGAGUGCCCGCUGUGUGAUGGCCAGGAUCCAUUUUACGACCGCUCCCCCCUGUUCAGUUUAGUAGGAAGGGCCUUCGUCUACCUGAGCAACCUCCUCUACCCUGUGCCCCUGGUCCACCGCGUGGCCAUCGUCAGCGAGAAGGGUGAGGUGAAGGGCUUCCUGCGCGUGGCUGUCCAGGCCAUCUCAGCGGAUGAGGAAGCCCCCGACUACGGCUCUGGUGUGCGGCAGUCAGGGACAGCCAAGAUAUCCUUUGAUGAUCAGCACUUUGAGAAGUUCCAGUCAGAGUCAUGCCCAGCUGUGGGCAUGUCUCGCUCGGGGACCUCCCAGGAGGAGCUGCGCAUCGUCGAAGGCCAGGGGCAGGUCAGCGACAUGGGGCCCUCUGCGGAUGAAGUCAACAACAACACCUGCGCAGUGACCCCAGAGGAUCUUCUGGAGAGCCCAGAGAAGCCUGCAUCAGAUGGGCCGCUGGAGACGGCUCUGGACCACCUGAAGCUGGGCAGCAUCUUCACUUUCCGCGUGACGGUCCUGCAAGCCUCCAGCAUCUCUGCGGAAUACGCAGACAUCUUCUGCCAGUUCAACUUCAUACAUCGCCACGACGAGGCCUUUUCGACAGAGCCCUUGAAGAACACGGGACGGGGGCCACCAUUGGGCUUCUAUCACGUCCAAAAUAUCGCUGUGGAGGUGACCAAGUCCUUCAUUGAAUACAUCAAGAGCCAGCCAAUUGUAUUUGAAGUCUUUGGGCACUACCAGCAGCACCCCUUCCCACCCCUCUGCAAAGAUGUCCUGAGCCCACUGAGGCCAUCCCGACGUCACUUUCCCCGUGUGAUGCCACUCUCCAAACCAGUGCCUGCCACGAAGCUGAGCACCAUGACUCGGCCCAGCCCUGGCCCGUGCCAGUGCAAGUAUGACCUGAUGGUCUUCUUCGAGAUCUGUGAGCUGGAGGCCAAUGGCGACUACAUCCCUGCUGUCGUGGACCACCGUGGAGGCAUGCCAUGCCAUGGGACCUUUCUCCUCCACCAGGGCAUCCAGAGGAGAAUCACUGUCACCUUGGUGCACGAAACGGGCAGCCUCAUCCGCUGGAAGGAAGUGCGGGAGCUGGUUGUGGGUCGGAUCCGGAACACCCCAGAAGCAGACGAGUCUCUCAUUGAUCCAAACAUCCUGUCCUUGAACAUCCUCUCCUCUGGGUACAUCCACCCUUCCCAGGACGACCGGCAGUUUCUUGAUUCGGAUAUGCCUAGCAUUUCAUUCGGAAAUGACACUAGGACUUUCUACCAGUUUGAGACGGCGUGGGAUAGCUCCAUGCACAACUCGCUGCUGCUCAACCGCGUCACCCCGUACCGGGAGAAAAUCUACAUCACCCUUUCCGCCUACAUCGAGAUGGAGAACUGCACUCAGCCUGCUGUCAUCACCAAAGAUUUCUGCAUGGUUUUCUACUCCCGGGAUGCCAAGCUUCCUGCCUCUCGCUCCAUCCGCAACCUUUUUGGCAGUGGCAGCCUGCGAGCUUCUGAGAGCAACCGUGUGACAGGAGUCUACGAGCUCAGCCUCUGCCGCGUGGCUGACACUGGCAGCCCAGGCAUGCAGAGACGGCGCCGGCGUGUCCUGGACACCUCCGUAGCCUAUGUGCGGGGAGAGGAGAACCUGGCUGGGUGGCGGCCCCGCAGCGACAGCCUCAUCCUCGACCAUCAGUGGGAGCUGGAGAAACUCAGCCUCUUGCAAGAAGUGGAGAAGACAAGGCACUACCUGCUCCUGCGUGAGAAGCUGGAGACCACACAGCGCCUGGCCCUGGAGACCCUGUCCCCCUGCUCCAGUGAGGACUCUGAGUCCCGAAGCACAUCCUGCGUCUCCUCCCCACUCUCUGUCGAUGGGCCCCCCGAGGGCCGCAGCUCUCUCCCCGAGACCCCCAGUGAGCGGCAGAAGGAGCUAGCCGUGAAGUGCUUGCGCCUGCUGACGCACACCUUCAACAGGGAGUACAGCCACAGCCACGUCUGCAUUAGUGCCAGCGAGAGCAAGCUGUCCGAAAUGUCUGUGACCCUGAUGAGGGACCCCUCCAUGCCAGCUCUUGGGGUGACCACUCUCACCCCUUCCUCGACCUGCCCAUCGCUGGUGGAAGGACGCUACAAUGCCAUGGAGGUCAGUCCCUCCUCUCUCUCCAGAUCCCCCCAGGUCUCCUCCAGGGCAGAGAGCCCUGACCUGGAGCCUGCAGUAGAAGGAGAGCAGAAGAAGUCCCCGGCCCGCCGGCCUGAGGAGGAGAAGGAGCCCCAGCGUUUGCUGGUGCCUGACAUCCAGGAGAUCCGGGUCAGCCCCAUCAUCUCCAAAAAGGGCUAUUUGCACUUCCUGGAGCCCCACACCAAUGGGUGGGUGAAGCGCUUUGUGGUGGUCCGGCGCCCAUAUGUCUACAUCUACAACUCGGACAAGGAUGCGGUCGAGAGGGCCAUACUCAACCUCUCUAAGGCCCAGGUGGAAUACAGUGAGGACCAGCAGGCCAUGCUCAAGCAGACCCCGAACACGUUUGCGGUGUGCACGGAGCACCGAGGCAUCCUGCUGCAGGCAAGCAGUGACAAGGACAUGCACGACUGGCUCUACGCCUUCAACCCCCUUCUGGCUGGGUCCAUAAGAUCCAAGCUGUCCAGAAGGAGAACAGCCCAGACAAGAAUCUAACCUGAGAACCACCUUCCACCUCAUCCAUCUGCCAGCAGGAUCAAGAUUGCUGAUUCUGUCUCAAGACUCCCCAUGUUAACGUCUGAUCUCUCACACCAUCUGCUGCCCCAGCUGUCUGCUCCAUGGAAGAAUCUGUCUUGAUUCACACCUUCAAGGGGGAAACUCACUUCUGUUCGUAGCUGCAAAAGCCUCGACCCGUCUGCGCAGGAUUUCUUGCGCGCAUGCCAUCUUCUGCCCAUCCCCCCAUGGGUGACCUUCAUGUCACACCAUCUGUAAUGCUCCAGAAAGGUCUCUGUUGGAGGGGAGGGGGCGAAGGAGGGUGUUUUUGGCCAAAAGCUGAUCUUUGAUCUACAGAGGUGGGAGUGCGCUAAAGCUCGGAGGUGGGACAGCAGGAGGAAUUGCCUCCACACGAAGGGAAAGUGGUAGUUUAGGUAUGGGAAUUUCCUAGUUUCUUGAUGUUUCUGCAAGAGAUGGCAGAGUAAGAUCAGGUGUCAGUAGUUUAAGAUGAUAUUUAUAAAGUAUUUAUUUCUAUUUAUGUUAAAAAAACCCCAUAAGUUGGGUCCUGGUCCCUAGACAACGCCUCCCCCAGUCAGGGGAGAGCCUUCGUGGUGGGCUAGGGUCCCAGAGAUGCCUUCCCUGGGACAUCCCUGGCAUGUGCCUGGUGGCGGUGGCACUCUCGCCCUCGUUCUUGGCCCUUCCCCAACCCUAUGCUUUGUCCCCCCUGCAGCUUAAGCUACUUCUCCUCAGUGGUGACUGGACGGUCCACCGUGUCUUCCCAAAGGAGGCAAUUCAUACCUGCCCCAUCUACCUCUGGAGGUGGGGAGUCCACCAUCUCCGCAUGCCCCACAGCACCCACAUCCAUGUGGAUAAAUCACCAUUGCUUCAGAGCUUGGUUCUGCUGAAGGGAAAAGGAGGGCUUUGGGGACAGCUCAGCCUGCCACCUGGUGUGAGGCUGUCCUUCCCAACCAAAAGCAUGCGGAUGCCCUCCACUAUCCCAGCUUGGGAGCCCCGGGGGCAGAUGAUGGGGAGUGUGGAGGUUCACCAGUUGCUUACAAAGCCAGAUGGGAAAAUUCCCCAGGAGUCAGGGCUAGGAAUGACCGUCCCAAUCCACAGGAUCCUUGUCUCCCUUUCCCUAAAAGGGCUGUCCCAUCCCUUCUUCUCCUGGAAGCAUGACAGGCUUGAAGCAGGUCUGAGGAGCAGAGGAGAGCGUCGGGGAGGGGAUGGGGCUUCUUUUUACUGUUGUAGCUGGCAUUUUCUCACUCCUCUUCCCCUGCUGCAGAAGCAAGCGCCCACCUCCUUCCCACCCUGCCUCCAUCAGCGCAUUGAUCCAGGAGGCUUCCCAGGGUGGAAGUGGCUUCGCUGAAAAGACCUCCUCCUCCAGCCAUCACCACUUCUCACCUCCCCCAGCAGCAGCUCUCCCUCUCCUCCUUCUCCCAUCUCUCACCCAUGGGGGGGUGCUUUCAUUUGGGGCUUCCCGAGCGGCUGGCAGCAUCUGGCACAGCUCCGGGUGGGAAGGUGAGCAUCUUCUUCCACGGACCUCCCAGGCACCCUCCCAGCUUUGCUGUCAUGCCUUCGUGGCUGAACCUUCCCUCGCACAGCACGGCUGCGCCUUGGCUCUGCUGCACCUCCCCACGCUGUCUGUGAUGUGUGUGUGUGUGUGUGUGUGUGUCAGAGAUGGUGCUGUCUUCUCAUUAUGCUGGUGUCGUGGGGGACACGGACAGGUUAGGGACAUGGCAGGUGGGCAGAGGCUUGCAGGGACCCCCCCCCUCGCUGCAUGUUAGGCACUUUUCAGCUUGAGUUUUAGCUUAGGGAAAUAGUUUGAGGAUCCUUCCUGAGCCACUGCCCGUUUCUUCCCAGCCUUGCUGCAGCUCCUUGGGUGUCUCACCCUGUUGCUCCAGCCAAAGCCACAGCAGAGCUGCUCUUCCCAGCCCUGCUCCCUAGGGAGACGGCAGCUUGCCUGCCCAGGACAAGUUCACCAUCAAGCUGGGGUUUUGUUCCCCCUCUGAUCUGUUUUAGAGACCUGGAGGCUGACUUGUGCCCUUCAUGGAGGGAGAGGUGCCCAUCUUGGGGCGUGGAGGGGCAGAGCUGUGGCCGGGGUGAAGCAGGGCCCCAGGCUGCAACAUCCCGGCUCUUGUGCGAGGACUAUGUGCUACCAUCCUAAAUGUCAACGUAAGGGGCUAGAGGUGGAAACGGUGGGUGCCCUAGGGAAGAAGAGGGGAGGCUCUUCCAGGGCAGAGGCAGCUUCUGGCAGAGACAGGACCCGUGUCUGCCAGGGACCAGACACAGGCUCACCGGCCAAGGCCAGGCAACGCUGCCUGUGCCACAGGCGAGGGGUGGCUGUGGGAUGGGCAUCCUCCAGCCAGAGCUGAAGCAUGCCUGAGGCCAGCAAACCUGCAGAGCAGCCAGCUCGGCUGGCGGCCGCUAUCCUCAGGGCCAAGGGAGACAUGGCUGCUCACUGGAGGCUUGCAAUGGGACAUCCCCCGCUCGUAGGCAAACGCUUGCUGUCUUACCAGCUCUGCUCUUGCCAGCACCACACAAUCCCCCAGCCGGGUCCCUGUCCACCCGCCCCCUCCCCCGCCACAGCCCCCUGGGACAAGGGUUGCAAACACAAGGUUUAGGCGUGACUGUGAGCCCCGUCGGGAGCGAAACGUCUCAGGGGGAUGGCGGCACGGAGGGUGGGGGCCUGCAAAGAAGGGAGGCCACCUUUCACGCCCUCUGGUCCCUGCCGGUGAUGGCGGCACCCCCGGGCCCUCCCUGCCCUGUGCCCGGGGGUUGGCGCCUCGGGUCCCAGCCGUCCGCGUGCACCUGAGGCUUGUUCGGUUCUGAAAUAAAUGUGGCAUUUAACGCAAACA